GAGCAGACAUUUCAAUCCCCCCGAAACCCUGAGCCGCCGCCGCCGCCGCCGCAGCCGUAGCCAAGCCUAGCAGCCAUGGAGGGAUCCGCCGCGGCGCCGCUCCGCACGCGCGUGUGCAUCAUCGGCAGCGGCCCGGCCGCGCACACGGCGGCCAUCUACGCGGCCCGCGCGGAGCUCAAGCCCGUGCUCUUCGAGGGCUGGAUGGCCAACGACAUCGCCGCGGGGGGCCAGCUCACCACCACCACCGACGUCGAGAACUUCCCCGGAUUCCCCACCGGCAUCAUGGGCAUCGACCUCAUGGACAACUGCCGCGCCCAGUCCGUCCGCUUCGGCACCAACAUCCUCUCCGAGACCGUCACCGAGGUCGACUUCUCCGCCCGCCCCUUCCGCGUCACCUCCGACUCCACCACCGUCCUCGCCGACACCGUCGUCGUCGCCACGGGCGCCGUCGCGCGCCGCCUCCAUUUCUCCGGUUCCGACACCUACUGGAACCGCGGCAUCUCCGCCUGCGCCGUCUGCGACGGCGCUGCGCCCAUCUUCCGGAACAAGCCCAUCGCCGUCAUCGGCGGCGGUGAUUCCGCCAUGGAGGAAGGCAACUUCCUCACCAAGUACGGAUCCCAAGUGUACAUCAUCCACCGGCGCAACACCUUCCGCGCCUCCAAGAUUAUGCAGGCUAGGGCGCUCUCCAAUCCUAAGAUCCAGGUUGUCUGGGACUCGGAGGUCGUCGAGGCUUACGGCGGUGCAGGCGGCGGCCCAUUAGCUGGGGUCAAGGUCAAGAACUUGGUGACUGGUGAGGUGUCUGACCUUCAGGUGUCCGGGCUUUUCUUCGCCAUCGGGCAUGAGCCGGCCACCAAGUUUCUCAAUGGGCAGCUUGAGCUCCAUGCCGAUGGGUAUGUGGCCACCAAGCCGGGCUCUACACAUACCAGUGUGGAGGGGGUCUUUGCUGCUGGAGACGUGCAGGAUAAGAAGUAUCGUCAGGCCAUUACUGCUGCUGGAUCAGGUUGCAUGGCUGCUUUGGACGCCGAGCACUAUCUGCAGGAGGUGGGUGCACAGGUGGGCAAGUCUGAUUGACUCUUUUCUGGUCAAGCGACGGUCAUCAGCUCGCCGAAAGCCGCACUCUGAGCUUGAUGAGGUUGGUUGUCCAAUUCUUCAACUGUUUCAUUAUGCGGCGAGCCGCACUCUGAGCUUGAUGAGGUUGGUUGUCCAAUUCUUCAACUGUUUCAUUAUGCUGCUUUGCAGCACCGCAUUAUUCUCCUGUCAUUAGGCCCUAGAUGAACUUCCAUUGGUGCUGGAAAUGAUUCAUAUUUAUCAUUGGUGGAACUCAAACUGAUUCUUAUGUAUCAUUGGGGAAAUCACAUUAUUAUUCUGAGAUAUCUGUAUUGCUCCACCAGAUAUAUAUGUUCUUGUAUUUUUCUA